UGGCGGUUUAGUCUCGCGGCAACCGUUUCGGCGUACGGUACGAUCUUUCGGGAACUCUAAAACCUCGCGGCGGUUCUGGAGCGGUUAAGAAUAGGCCAAUUUCGUGCGGUUAGCGCCUCUCGGCCAGGUUUCGGUGACGAUCCUCGAGGCACACAGUCUAGUUGAUCAGGAAGAAAUGAUUACAGCAAUACAACUAGUCUAACCAAUGAGUGCACCAAAGUGACUGUGAUAAUACCGUAACGCACACAAGUUCAAGUAAAGAUAGUUCCAAAAAUGACAAAACAAGUCACAAAAAUGCCUGAACCGGACCGAAAAGCCACGACCAGCACAUUCAUGGACAAGUGGCGCUACUUUAAGAAAAACAUCACCGUCGAACCCAUCGUGGCGUGCUACAUCAUGCCGAGCGUGCUGGCCGGCCUGGCGACGCAGAAUCUAAACCUGGAGAAGGCCUGCCGGGUUAAUCUGGACUACGGUGACACGAUCUGUGACGCGCUAACGCGGCGUGAAACGGCCAACUACACGCAUGAGGAAGAAAUGGUCCAGCAGAUGGUGGCGCGGAUGGCCGGUUGGAAGACGGUUCUCCAGAGUGCCCUGCCUUGCAUGCUGAUCUUGUUCUGGGGCUCGUGGAGUGACCGGCAUGGCCGCCGGAAACCGUGCAUUCUGAUUCCGAUCAUCGGCGAGUUCACUACGGCCAUCGGCCUCAUUUUGUGUACGUACUUCGAGCGGACACCGAUGGAGGUCGCCGCCGUUACGGAGGCUCUGUUUCCGGCCCUCACCGGGGGUUGGUUCACCAUGUUUAUGGGGGUGUUCAGUUACAUUGCGGACGUGACGACCACCGAGGAGCGAACGCUGCGGAUCGGUAUCGUGAACCUGUGCUUUUCGCUGGGUGUCCCCAUCGGGAUGGCGUUCAGUGGAGUGUUGCUCAAGAAAAUCGGUUUCUACGGCAUCUUUUCGAUCUCGGCCAGCCUGUACCUGGUGGCGUUUUUCUACGGGGUGUUUUUCGUGCCGGAGGUCGACAUCGUCAACGAGAAGGAACGGCUGAAGGCCCAGGAGAAGAGCGCACUGGCCGACUUCUUCGACAAGGAACACGUGAUGGAGACGUUCCGCGUGGCGUUCAAGCAAGGCGAACGCCAACGCCGCCUCCGGGUGAUCAUGCUGAUGAUCGUGGUUAUGGUUGUCAUCGGGCCCCUGCACGGUGAGAUGUCCGUGAUCUACCUGUUCACCCGGUACCGGUUCAACUGGAGUGAGGUCGAGUUCAGCUUCUUCUCCACGUACGGCAUGCUGACGGGGCUGAUUGGGACGAUCUUUUCGGUGGGGGUAUUUUCCCACCUGUUGAAGAUCGACGACGCCCUGAUCGGGGUGAUGUCCUCGAUGUCGAAGAUCCUGUCCAGCUUUGUGUACGCGUUUGCCGUUACCACGUGGCAGCUGUAUUUGGGUCCAAUCGUAGAAAUGCUAAACGGCACUUCGUUCAUCUCAAUGCGUUCAAUUGCUUCGAAGCUGGUAGCGUCAGACGAGCUGGGCAAAGUCAACUCCCUGUUCGGGGUGGCCGAAGCGUUGAUGCCGCUCGUUUACGCCCCAAUGUACACCACCAUUUACGCGGCUACAAUAAACGUGCUGCCGGGCGCGUUCUUCCUGCUCGGUGGCGCACUAACGGCUCCAGCAGUUGUGAUUUUCCUAUGGAUGUACCGAGUGCACAAACGCGAGGAAAAAGAGUUGGCAGAAGAGACCCGCCUUGAAGACAAGUACAAACAUCUCACCGAUGGAACGGAAAAUGGCUCAAGCAUUAUGAACGGAACGACGAUACUUGGUGAUUCUUCCGGCUCGCCAGUGAUGCCCGGACGGCUGGGAUCGAUCCGAAGGCCAUCGGCUGUUCGGGGUUCCAUAUCGGGUGGCAUUGCCAAUGCAGGAUUCGUGCCGGAAGACAGUGAAAAAGUAAUUCACGAAACAAUGGAAAUUGUGAAAGAUCUGCCCGUGCUGCACGUGGAACACUGCAAACUGUGAUUGAUUGUAAAAGGGAGACGAGUCCUCGCAAGUUCUAUUUCGUUAGGUUUCGUUAGGGUACGCAGAUCUGAAAGUAUUACUUUAAUGAUAGAAAGAAUUUUAUCGGUGCGUAGUUGAUCGAUUGAAGCAUUGAAAAUGUAUUUAUAUUUGUUUAAUAAAACAUUACUUUCCAAAAAA